AUGUCCGAGCCGGAGCACCUGGGCGGCAAGCGGGCCGAGUCGGCGCGGCUGCGGCGGGCCGAGCAGCUGCGGCGCUGGAAGGGCUCCCUCACCGAGCAGGAGCCGGUGGCGGCGGGGGGCGGCCGCGGCCGGCACCGCGGCGCGGGGGGAUCCCGCGUCCGCUUCGAGGAGGGCGCCGUGUUCCUGGCCGCCUGCUCCAGCGGGGACACCGAGGAGGUGAAGCGGCUGCUGGGCCGCGGCGCCCGCAUCAACACGACCAACGUGGACGGGCUGACAGCCCUGCACCAGGCCUGUAUUGAUGAAAACCUGGACAUGGUGAAGUUUCUGGUAGAAAAUGGAGCCAAUGUGAACCAGCAAGACAACGAGGGCUGGACCCCUCUCCAUGCAGUGGCAUCCUGUGGCUAUCUGAACAUAGCAGAGUACUUGAUUAGCCAUGGAGCCAACGUGGCUGCUGUGAACAGCGAAGGGGAGGUCCCGUCUGACAUCGCAGAGGAAGCAGCCAUGAAGGACCUGCUUCUGGAACAAGUAAAGAAGCAAGGUGUAGACCUAGACCUGUCAAGGAAAGAAGAGGAGCAGCAGAUGCUCCAGGAUGCCCGGCAGUGGCUGAACAGUGGGAGAAUUGAGGAUGUGAAGCAGCCUCGGACAGGAGCCACAGCCCUUCAUGUUGCUGCAGCCAAGGGCUAUUCUGAAGUCAUGAGGCUUCUGAUCCAGGCUGGGUUUAAUCUGAAUGUCCAGGACAAUGAUGGCUGGACUCCCCUCCACGCUGCCGCGCACUGGGGAGUGAAGGAGGCGUGUUCCAUCCUGGCCGAGGCUCUGUGUGACAUGGACAUCAGGAACAAGCUGGGCCAGACGCCCUUCGACGUGGCUGAUGAGGGACUCGUCGAGCAUUUAGAAAUGCUGCAGAAGAAACAGACUGUGUUGCGAAGUGAGAAGGAGACGAGGAAUAAGCUGAUUGAAGCUGACAUGAACGGGAAGCCUCAAAGCAGACUCUUCACCAACAAAGAGAAGAUUCUUUAUGAGGAAGACACGCUGAAGUCCAUGGAAAUGGAGGAAGAGAACAAGGACUCAAGUAGUUCUAGUUCUGAAGAGGAGGAAGAAGCUGAAGAUGAAGUUUCAGAAUCGGAUGCUGAAAAGGAGUCAGAGAGGAAGGAAGAGCCCUUUGCCAACCACUCCAGCCGUGAAUCCAGGCCCAGCAUCACUGAGCAAAUGCCACCACCCGAGCCCAACUCCUUCACUGCGUCUGCCAGAAGAUUCAGUUGGCUCAGCAAGGCGGAGGAGCAGAAGGAUGAGUCACCGUCGUCGUGGCGGCUGGGGCUGAGGAAGACGGGCAGCCACAACACCUUGAGUGAAGUCGCUGCCACUCGUGAGGCACAGAGAGACAAGGCUGCUUCCAUCUAUCGUUCCUCGUCCAGUCCUCGGAUAUCUGCACUAUUAGACAACAAGGAAAAGGAUAAAGACAACAAGAGCUAUCUUGCCACCAUAGCCCCCAGAAGACUGAGCAGUACAAGCGAUGUAGAAGAAAAAGAAAACAGGGAAUCAGCUGUGAACCUGGUGAGGAGCGGCUCCUACACCCGGCAGCCGUGGAGGGACGAGUCAAAGGGAAAUGAAGCUCCCCAUUCUGGUGCACCCACCACCUAUGUAUCCACCUACUUGAAAAGUGCUUCAUUUGGUAGAAGUAGUGACCUGGGCAGUCCCUACAUUUCAGCCAGUCGCAGUCCAUCUCUAGCUACCUCACCCACUGCCAUUGGCUCAUCUACCUCCCCGGGCUCCCCGUGGCAACCUGUCUCUUCCUGUCCCACAUCUCUCGGUGUGAACACUCCUGCAUCAGCCCGCCACUACACCAGAGCCCCUUUCAGGCAACAAACUGAUUCUGCUGUAGAGAAAAGCCCAGAGGGCAGCUGUGUUACCCCUCUAGGUGUAAUCACAAACCGGGCUGUGCUGGGCGCUGCCAACGGCACCGCGAACGCCGGGGCUGCCUCCACCCCGGGGAAGGACCUCUCGGCUGAGGAGGCCAGGGAGCGCAGAAGGUCGUAUCUGACUCCGGUGCGGGAUGAGGAAGCGGAAUCACUGAGGAAGGCACGGUCCAGGCAGGCCCGGCAGACCCGCAGGUCUACCCAGGGUGUGACCCUGACAGACCUUCAGGAGGCUGAGCGGACCUUCAGCCGGUCGCGGGCCGAGCGCCAGGCCCAGGAGCAGCAGAGCGAGAAAGCCGAGAGCACCGAGCCCGAGGAGAGCAGCGAGAGGCAGGAGAGCCGGGCCCGGUGGAGCAGGAGCACGGAUGAGGAGUCAGUCUAUCGGCGAUUGAGGUGCCCAGCACAGCCUGACAAACCCACCACACCCGUGUCUCCUUCGACGGCAGCACCUCUGCUCUAUACAAGUUCAUACCUGACUCGAACAAAUAAAUAUCUAGGUCUGGACUCUGUGAACCCAGCAGACUUCAGAGGGGCAGCCACAGAGAUGGAGAAAAAUGAGUGUGAAGAUCAGGAUUCAGAUGACAGAUCCCUGAACAAACAGUCGAUCCGGGAGCGGCGGCGGCCGAAAGAGAGACGGAGAGGCACCGGCAUCAUUUUCUCAACAAAAGAUGACGAUGAUGAAGUUGAUGGAAACGAGGAUGUGAAGGAAACUCGGCAUGAAAGACUUUCCAGGUUGGAAGCAGCUACGAACCCCAGCACCAGUGAGUCGUCCUACAGCGACCGUGCCUCCAGCCGCUCCAGUGCCUACAGCCGGAGGGAGAACCGGCUCGCUGCCCUCAGCAGCCGCGCAGAGGAGGAGAGUAACAGGGACUACAAAAAAUUGUACGAGAGCGCUCUGUCUGAAAAUCAAAAGCUGAAGUCAAAGCUGCAAGAAGCCCAGCUUGAGCUGGCUGACAUCAAAGCAAAGUUGGAAAAAGCAGCCCAGCAGAAACAGGAGAAAACUUCUGACCGGUCCAGCAUGCUGGAGAUGGAGAAGAGGGAGAAGCGAGCCCUGGAGCGGAAACUCUCUGAAAUGGAGGAGGAGAUGAAGAUUUUGACAGAGCUGAAGUCGGACAACCAAAGGCUGAAGGAUGAGAAUGGAGCCCUCAUUCGUGUCAUCAGCAAACUCUCCAAAUAGGAAUCCUGAGCAAAGGCAGGAUGAGGAGGGGCCCUACACCAGCUGCCAACCCCACCACGAGCCCUCCCCCCCCUUUCCCAUCUGUCACGUACAGCAAGUGUUUCAGCCAUGGGAUCAAUGUCACACCUGCCUUGCCCUGCCCUUUGCUGUACAUUCCCUUUCUGCCCCUAUUUUCCUCCAACACACCCCCUGCCAUUUUAUUAUUUUUAAUUUAAGCAUGUUGUGGUAUCUCGGACAUUUUAGUCAAGGGAGAAAUGUGAGGACUGGGUUUGAGCUGCCAAAACUUCUUCCAGAAGCCCAGUGUUUGGUGUCGGACUCUGACCUGGAGUGGGAAGCUCCUACUGUAAAAAGUGACACCUCAAAAACUAAUCCAGCACAUCCAAGCCCUGUACGUGUGGGAAAUGUGAACCCAUGCUGGGACUCUGAGGAUGCACAUCAACCCACUGAAAUGUGGGACUGGCUAAAUGUGAUGCUGUGAAAGCCACCUGGGCUCAUGUCUGUCACAGGCUGCUUUGCACAGAGACUUUCUCCUCCUCUUGCCCCAGUAGACCCAGUCCUUUAUUUAAGAUUUUGAACCUGUUCGGUAACAUCAGCACCGACACUUGGCAUCAGACCCUUAUCCCUCACCCUCCCUUUCACCCAGCCUGGGUGAUUCCAUGUCACGUUGUGUUCUUCCAGGGCUCCUGUCUGUAAUUAGUAGCACCCAUUUGCACCUUGACUCUUGCUCCUUGGGACAGGAGGUAUCUUCUGAGCUUUCUGAAGGACAAGCUUGAACCCUUAGAGACCCUCUGCUGCUUUUACACACGUGUGAGCAUGAAUCACCUCGCAGGGAGCUGUGCCCACACCAGAAACCAACCUCCCUGUCCUAACAGCCAUUGGGACGUUCUGCUGUCUCCAUGAAGGCAGAGCCCCGUAGUGGAGUCUGGGCUGGUAUUUUGGGUACCUCACUUGGAUUUGUAGCAGAAUUUGUAGAGAGGGGAAAUGCCAGAGUCCUGUUCCCACCCACCCUUCUGUUGGUGAAGCAGCUUGGCACAGCUGGAUUCCGAGGCAGAGGACCAUGGAGCAGUGAUCACUUGUCCUCCCACACACCUUGGAAAGGUGAGGGUGCGUCGGUGUCAGACAGACAAGGAGCUGCUGGUAACUGAAUCACUGUGAUGAAAGUCUCCUGACCUGUCAAAAGCUUGUGAUAAGCCUUGACCUUGAAGGAAACCUCUAAAAAUACCCCUCUUUAAUCUUAUAUGCACUCAGAACAACUUGGAAUUGUUCUCCCCAUGGGCAUUGGCUCCUCUCUCCAUGCUGUGGGACCUGUCAUCAGGUCUGUUCAGCUUCCCCUUAACUGACUCCUCUCAAACAAUACCUUCCCUCUCAGAGACAUCUUGCUGUAUCCAAACCACUGUCCCAUCUACAUCCUUCCCUCUUUGUCCUUUUAUUCCCUUUGUCCUUGGACUCCCAGCUCCAUCUGGCCAAGGGCUGCAGUCUCAGUCACUGAACCUGGAGGUGGCCAUGAAGCAGCUCUGCCCACCUUCCCUGGCAG